AUGGAGACCGACACCAUGAUCGUCACAGAGCGCAAGCAUCACGCAACAGAAGUAGUGGCCACUACCAAAGCUAGAAGAAUAUGGAUACGUAUCACUUGGGCUUUGACUUGGUGGAUACCUUCUUUCCUCCUUCGUAAAUUAGGUCGGAUGGAGAGAGCAGAUGUGAGAAUGGCAUGGAGAGAAAAAGUAGCUAUUUGUAUCAUGAUCGCUUUCAUGUGUGGUGUCGUCGUAUUCUACAUCAUCGUCUUUGGAAGAUUGUUAUGUCCUGAUAUGGACAAAGCUUGGAAUCCGACAGAACUGGGGGAACAUACAGGAACGAACGAUUAUUAUGCUGCCAUAGCAGGCAAAGUUUACGAUUUCACGAGCUUUUACAAAGGUCAACAUUCAGAUAUCUCAGCAUACCCUACCACAGCCGAUGUCAUGCUCGAAUUUGCAGGACAGGACUUGACCAAUUAUUUCCCUCCACCUAUGACCUACGCCUGUCCCGGUCUGGUCACCGAUGACAACCUCUCUCUCAUGCGUGCAAACUUUACCCCUAUCGUCGCAUACGCCGUGCACACUUCUGGACAUCUACAGACGAUCACGGGAACCAAGUUGGAUAAUUCAGAUUGGUAUCCCAGUACUCUGCAGCCAGCUUUACAGCAGUACUACAAAGGAACCUUUGUGUAUACCAAAGGUGUGGUUCAGGACGCAGCGGAUAAUGAUGCGAGACAAUGGGCCAUCUACAAUAAGAAAGUUUACGACCUUUCAGAUUACCUCUACACGGUCUCAUAUUACUCUGGAUCCUCAGGUACAGACCUUCCCAAUUACGGUUUCCUUGACAGUGACAUUUCUUCUCUAUUCUCACAGUCUUCCGGUCAAGACAUCACAAAACAGAUGCAAAAAGUUCUGGCCGGGCUAUCACCCGAGAACGCCACGAAUACCUUGAACUGCCUGGAUAAUGCGUUCUACGUCGGCGAGUUAGAUUUCCGGAAAACACCCCGGUGCACGGUACAAAAUUAUCUACUAUUGGCAUUUUCGAUCGUCCUGAUGGCUACCAUAGCGUCCAAAUUCUUGGCCGCUCUGCAAUUAGGCUCCAAACGGUACCCUGAGCAACUCGACAAAUUCGUCAUUUGCCAAGUGCCGUGUUACACCGAAGGCGAAGAAUCCUUGAAGAAGACCAUUGACUCGCUCGCAGAGUUAAAAUACGACGACAAGCGGAAAUUGAUCUUCAUCAUCUGCGAUGGUAACAUUAUCGGGAGUGGUAACAAUCGCUCGACGCCACGAAUAGUGCUCGACAUCCUUGGUGUGGACCCCAAGUUGGACCCGGAGCCGCUGUUAUUCAAGAGUAUCGGAGACGGGAGUAAACAGCUGAAUUAUGCCAAAGUGUACUCGGGACUGUAUGAGUAUGAGAGUCAUGUGGUGCCCUACGUCGUCGUCGUCAAGGUCGGUAAACCUACGGAGACUUCCAAACCCGGCAACAGAGGCAAAAGAGACUCUCAAGUAUUGCUCCUGCAGUAUCUCAAUCGCGUCCAUUUUGACGCCCCCAUGUCACCCCUCGAGCUCGAAAUCUACCAUCAGAUGCGUAACGUCAUCGGAGUCGAUCCCACAUUCUACGAAUACAUCUUCCAAGUCGACGCCGAUACCACCGUCACUCCCGAAUCCCUGAAUCGUCUUAUUUCCUGUGCAGCGGACGACUCACGUAUCAUCGGUAUAUGCGGAGAAACCAAAGUCGCAAAUGAGCGAGAAUCAUUGACUACCAUGAUCCAGGUGUACGAAUAUUACAUCUCUCACCAUCUCACCAAAGCUUUCGAAUCCCUCUUCGGGGCUGUCACUUGUUUGCCUGGGUGUUUCUCCGUUUAUCGUAUCAGGACAGCGGAUAAAGGUCGACCUGUGAUCAUUUCUUCCAUUGUCAUUGACGAGUACGCCGAACCAAAUGUCGAUACUUUACAUAAGAAAAACCUCUUCUCUUUGGGAGAAGAUCGAUACCUGACAACUUUGAUGAUGAAGCAUUUCUCAGACUACAGACUCAAAUUCACACCGGAUGCUGUGGCGCACACCGUGGCACCCAGCAAAUGGAAUGUUUUGCUCAGUCAGAGAAGAAGAUGGAUCAAUUCUACCGUACAUAACUUGGUGGAGUUGUUGAUGUUGCGCGACAUGUGCGGGGUGUGUUGUUUGAGUAUGCGAUGGGUCGUCUUCUUGGAUUUACUGGGUACCGUCAUCUUGCCAGCCACUUGCGUCUAUCUCAUCUACUUGAUUGUCGUGGUGUCAACAGGCAAAGCCGCCAUCCCGGUCAUUUCACUCGCUAUGAUUGGCGCGACUUACGGUUUACAAGCGAUCAUCUUCAUCUUGAAACGGGAAUUCAUGCUCAUAGGUUGGUUAGUGGUGUACCUCCUAGCAUUCCCAAUCUACUCUCUCUUCCUACCGAUCUAUUCUUUCUGGUCAAUGGAUGACUUUAGCUGGGGGAAUACCCGUCAAGUCGUUGGUGAGGGCAAUCAGAAGACGGUGGUUUAUGAAGACGAUGAGCCUUUCCAUGAUUCCAUGAUCCCGUAUAGGACCUUUAAAGGCGAGCUUCAAUACGAAGCCAACGCAUGGGAGACAACUUCUCUUCAUUCUGAAAAAUCCCGCGAAACAUCUCACACUUCCUUCUCCCGUCCUUCAAACCAGCGCUACAGACCUUCCGCCCGAGCUGAAUCGGUUCACAGCGACCUUCCUCCCGGAGCCGAUUACUGGCGUGAUGCCUCUCCUCUCGGUCCUUCACAUUCAUCCCUCAAUCUCCGAAACCAAAAUUCUUAUCCUUCCAUGAGACAUUCUCCCCUCGGUGCUGGCGAUCCUUCCAGACCCGUAUCCAUGGCGGGAUUAAGCAUGUGGGGUGCUGGGUCAGCAUACGGUCCACCUGGUCCACCAACACAAGGUUAUCUUCAACCCAUGCAUACGGGAAUGUCAGGCUCGAUGGGUUUACAACCUAUGCAUACGGGAAUGUCAGGACCUAUCUUACCUAUGCACACGGGAAUGUCAGGACCUAUGAACCCUUUUGAUUCUAAUCCACAUUUACCUUAUGGUUUCCCUCAAGUUUAUCCACCUUAUCCUAUGCCUAUGGGAGGGACACCAGGAAUGGGAGGAACACCAGGGAUGGGAGGUAUGGGAAUGGCAAUGGGAAUGGGAAUGGCACCUAGGAACUCUAUGAUGAGUUUAGGUAUACCACCUCAACAACAAAAUAGAAUGUCAAGUUUUUCUUUAGCUACAGAAGCUGUUGCUGCUCCUACGCCCAAUGAAGAAGAGAAUCCGAGUGAUGAAGAAGUUUUAGGAGUGUUGAGGAGGUAUCUCGCAACACAAGAUUUGAUGAAUAUAACGAAACGUCAAACUCGAGAAACAAUCUUUGGUUUAUUCCCCAAUGCCAACCUUCAACAAAGAGCUGCAUGGAUCAAUGAGAAUAUCGAUAAGAUACUUUCUGAAUCAUGAUCUCCUACAUCCCAUUUCCAAAUCCCACUUCCCACGUCUACUUUCACCCCUUUCCACAUUUCCCAGAUCCACGAAAGACAUACCGUCUCACGAACAAUUGACUUGCAUCAUACGAACCUCAAGUGUAUGAUAUUAAUGAUAUGCAUUGCAUUAUUGCAUUAUUGUCUUCAGCCUAUAAUGAUGUGUAACCUGAGCUGUUCUGUAAAACGACUUCAUUUGUCAAAAUGCAUAUAAUUUGUCCAUGAUG